AUAUUUUAUUAAAUUAACAAAACAAAUUAUAAUUACAGUUCUUUGUCGCGCUCUCAGACUCGGUUCAUUUCAACUUUUCUCCAAAAUCACUCUAUCUUCUCCAUAGAUCUGAUCGCUCUAAGGAAGCAGGGAAAUGGAGAAGUCUUGUACUCUGCUUGUUCACUUUGACAAAGGAACACCAGCAAUUGCUAAUGAGAUUAAGGAAGCUCUCGAAGGCAAUGACGUGCCCAUGAAGAUUGAUGCCAUGAAGAAGGCAAUCAGUCUUUUGCUAAAUGGUGAAACACUUCCUCAACUUUUUAUCACAAUUGUUAGAUAUGUCUUGCCAUCGGACGACCACACAAUCCAGAAGUUGUUACUUCUGUAUUUGGAGAUCACCGACAAAACUGACGGCAAAGGUCGGGUGUUGCCUGAAAUGAUUUUGAUCUGCCAAAACUUGAGGAACAACCUGCAACACCCAAAUGAAUACAUACGUGGGGUGACCUUGAGGUUUUUAUGUCGCCUGAAUGAAACGGAAAUAAUUGAGCCUUUAAUCCCUUCAGUUCUUCAAAAUCUGGAGCAUCGUCAUCCAUAUAUCAGGAGGAAUGCUAUAUUAGCGGUGAUGUCUAUAUAUAAGCUUCCCCAGGGUGAGCAGCUUUUGGUUGAUGCUCCUGAAAUGAUUGAGAAGGUUCUUUCAACAGAGCAGGAUCAAUCUGCUAAGAGAAAUGCAUUCCUUAUGCUUUUUACGUGUGCACAAGAUCGAGCUAUUAAUUACCUUUUGACAAAUGUUGAUAGGGUCUCUGAGUGGGGUGAGUUACUUCAGAUGGUUGUGUUGGAGUUGAUUAGGAAGGUCUGCAGAACAAAUCGUGGAGAGAAAGGGAAGUACAUCAAGAUCAUUAUAUCUUUGUUAAAUGCCCCUUCUACUGCAGUUAUUUCUGAGUGUGCUGGAACACUUGUUUCUCUGUCAUCUGCCCCUACUGCUAUCAGAGCUGCAGCAGACAGCUAUUGUCAGCUUCUUUUGUCUCAGAGUGAUAACAAUGUGAAACUUAUUGUGCUUGAUCGACUGAAUGAGCUCAAGUCUUCUCAUAGAGAGAUCAUGGUUGAUAUGAUUAUGGAUGUUCUCAGGGCACUCUCCAGCCCCAAUCUUGACAUUCGGAGGAAGACACUUGAAAUUGUCCUCGAGUUGAUCACACCACGAAAUAUUAGUGAGGUUGUUCUUUCACUGAAGAAGGAAGUUGUUAAGACUCAGAGUGGAGAACUUGAGAAGAAUGGGGAGUACAGACAAAUGCUUAUUCAAGCUAUUCAUUCUUGUGCUGUUAAGUUCCCAGAAGUUGCAAGUACGGUAGUCCAUCUGUUGAUGGAUUUUCUUGGAGAUAGCAAUGUUGCUUCAGCUAUUGAUGUGAUUGUUUUUGUUCGUGAGAUAAUUGAGACCAAUCCCAAGCUGAGGGUUUCUAUUAUAACUAGGCUAUUGGACACUUUCUACCAAAUUCGAGCUGCAAGGGUCUGCUCCUGUGCUCUUUGGAUCAUUGGGGAGUACUGCCUUUCUCUUUCUGAAGUUGAGAGUGGGAUAGCUACUAUUAAGCAGUGUCUUGGCGAGUUGCCUUUUUACUCUAUUUCUGAAGAAGGGGAAGCCACUGAUACUUCAAAGAAGCGUCAGCAAGCGAAUUCCAUUACUGUGUCUUCCAGAAGACCAGCUAUUCUUGCUGAUGGAACUUAUGCAACACAGAGUGCUGCCUCUGAAACUGCAUUUUCUCCUCCUACUCUUGUUCAAGGGACAUUGGCUUCUGGGAAUUUGAGAUCCCUUAUACUUACUGGUGACUUUUUCCUUGGAGCAGUUGUUUCUUGCACUCUGGCAAAGCUCAUUCUGAGAUUGGAAGAGGUGCAGCCUGCAAAAAUUGAGGUUAACAAGGCAUCUGCACAAGCAUUGUUGAUCAUGACCUCAAUUAUACAAUUAGGGCAAUCUUCAGUGUUGCCGCACCCAAUUGACAAUGAUUCUUAUGAUAGAAUAGUCCUCUGCAUAAGAUUACUCUGCAAUACUGGUGAUGACAUCAGAAAGGUAUGGCUGCAGUCUUGUCGUCAGAGUUUUGUAAAGAUGCUUUCAGAAAAACAGUUGAGGGAAACUGAGGAAUUGAAGGCAAAGGCUCAGGUUUCUCAUGCACAACCAGAUGACCUUAUUGAUUUCUACCAUUUGAAGAGCAGGAAGGGUAUGAGUCAGCUGGAGUUGGAAGAUGAAGUUCAAGAUGAUUUGAAACGUGCAACUGGAGAGUUUAUCAAGGAUGGGGAUGAUGCAAAUAAGCUUAACCGCAUCCUUCAACUCACCGGGUUUAGUGAUCCUGUCUAUGCUGAGGCGUAUGUAACAGUUCAUCAUUAUGAUAUCGUACUUGAUGUUACCGUCAUCAACCGGACCAAGGAAACUCUUCAGAAUUUAUGCUUGGAAUUGGCAACCAUGGGUGAUCUUAAACUGGUCGAGCGUCCUCAGAAUUAUACCCUUGCUCCUGAAUCAAGCAGGCAAAUAAAGGCCAAUAUCAAGGUGUCCUCAACUGAGACUGGUGUAAUUUUUGGUAACAUUGUUUAUGAGACAUCAAAUGUGCAUGAGCGCACAGUUGUUGUCCUCAAUGACAUCCAUAUUGAUAUUAUGGACUACAUCUCUCCUGCGGUUUGUACAGAUGCAGCUUUCAGAACAAUGUGGGCAGAGUUCGAGUGGGAAAACAAGGUUGCUGUUAAUACAAUAAUUCAAGAAGAAAAAGAAUUCCUUGAUCAUGUCAUCAAGUCAACCAACAUGAAGUGUCUCACUGCACCGUCCGCACUAGACGGUGACUGUGGAUUUCUGGCAGCUAACUUGUAUGCCAAGAGUGUGUUCGGAGAGGAUGCAUUAGUAAAUGUUAGCAUUGAGAAGCAGGGAGAUGGGAAGCUUAGCGGAUAUAUCAGGAUAAGGAGCAAAACGCAGGGCAUUGCUUUAAGUCUUGGGGAUAAGAUCACUCUCAAACAGAAAGGAGGAACUUAAUAUCGAAAAAAUGAACAUGUUAGUCUUUGAUCACACUGGUGUUCAGCAUUGAAGUCUUAAAGAAAAUACUCGGCAUUUUUGUCAUUCUCUUGUAGGGAACCUAGAGGGAGUAGCGAUAUUUUGGAGGUGGCAUUUGUUGUAUUCGGAGCCAUGUCUUUAUAGUUAAAGAUCAUGAAAGCUUGAGGCAUUUUCAGUUGUUUAAACAUGAUUUUUUUUUCUUUAAAUUUGUUUGCAAUAGCAUUAUAUGCAUAUUUGUAGUUUAUAUUGCUGAAUGACUAAUUAUAAUUGAGAUUUUGCCA